AUGUUUCCUCGUUCUAUUAUUAAGCAAACUUCUUUAAGUUUUAAAACUAUAUCUAUUAGAAAUAUAACGUUUUUAAAUAAUGGUUCACGUAUUUGUGGUAUUAGAAGAGAUCCAUCAUCAUAUAUGAAAAAUCCAAAUGGUUUAGAAUAUAAUUCAUUAAAUAAAAAUAUUUGUCAAGAUAAAGUACGUUCAAUUUUACAAUUUGAUAAAUUUAAUAUUAAAUUAUCCGAUGAAAUUAUUUUACAAUGUUUAACACAUAAAUCUUUCGCUCAUGGUAAAGUACCAUAUAAUGAAAAAUUAUAUUUAUUAGGUGCCCAAUUUUUAAAAUUACGUACUUCAAUACAUUCAUUAAAAAAUGGUAAUAGUACAAACUUAAUUAAUGGUAUGAAUUUUACAAAUUUAGGUAAUAUAACAAAUAAAUCAUUAAAUUCUAAAAAAAAUAUUACAAAAUUAAUUAAAAUUGCAGGAAUUGAUGACAUAAUUUUUUGGAAAAUGAGAGAUCCAUCAGGGAAUGCAAAAAUUAAUGGUGAAGAUCGUGUAAUUCAUACAGUAUUAAAUUCUUUAAUUGGUGCUAUAUUAACAACAAAUGGGACACAAAUAGCAACUCAAUAUGUUGAUGAUUUUUUAUUAAAUAAAAAUAAUGAAUUAUCACUUAUAAAUAUUGCAACAGAAUAA